UAAUUUUGACACAAACACAAAUGCAAAUGGCCGGCGUUUUGCAGUUUUGGUCGAAAACAAACUUUUCUCUUCUAUUUUUAAGUUUUCUAUAUGUAAGAUCUAGUCUAGUCUAGUAUAAGAAUGUCUAACAUUGUGUAGAACAGCUGUUUCAUGGUAUUUGAUAAUCCAGAAAUUUUGAUUUUAACAACAAUGAUUACAUGCAUAUUUUGUAAAACUCAAUACGAGAAGGGAAGUGGUAUCUCAUUGCACAAGUUUCCAAAAGGCGUGAUAUUAAAACGGUGGUUAAAUAAUAUGAAACUUGAUAACUUCUCUCCAUCAGAUAAUGAUCGUUUAUGUUCCAAACAUUUCACUGAUGAGUGUUUUGAGAAACAUAAGACUCGUACCACAUUGAAACGUAGCAGUGUACCAACAAUAUUUUAUCCAAAAAUGAGGCCUACUUCUUCCAGUACAUCAUUUCAAAAAGAUGAUUUGAUGAAAGAUGUUGAUACUCUGAAAAGCAGUAAGUCACAACGCUCAAAAAAUAAGGGACUACAAGAGCUGAAAAGCCUAGGUGCUAAAACAACAUCCACCCUCGUAGAACAAGAUCCUUUGGCUGAGUGUGCUUUGCGCAGGCCAAUAAAAAUGGAGAUGGAAGAAAAACAUAAUAUUUCUUGUACAUGUCUGUUUGCAAGCUGUAAUUCACACCAGAAUAGUAUUCCGAUGAAGGAUAUGUCCCAAGUAUGUGGUACUGUCAAACAUGAUCAUUGUUAUCAAACAAACACUCCUACAUCAUACAAAAAGGCAAUGGAAAAAAUGCAAAAUACUUUGAAGAUUGCAAGACAACGUAUAAAAGCUUUAUCACAACAUGUUAAACGAUUGAGAAAGAAAAUCACUACUUUGAAAGAUACAAAUAAAGAAUCAAUGAAAAGAAAUGAAAUUGGUGAUGCCUUUGUUGAUAUGUUAAAAGAUGGUGAAGAUGUAAAAUCACAGCUAUUUAAACGGAUGUUUUUAAAUUCUGUAAAAAAUGUAAGCCAUGCCGGAUAUCCUAAAGAAUUAAAAUCUUUUUCAUUAACACUUUAUGCUCUUUCACCACAUGCAUAUGAUUUUGUUAGAAAGAAAUUUAAUUUGGCGUUACCACAUCCACGUAUGAUACGUUCAUGGCGUAGUGCUUUAAGUGAGAAAUCUGGACUUCCAGUUGAAAAUAUUACCAGCAUUACUGCCUCUGACCCGGCUGAGGAGUUUACUUCAGGUCAAGAUGGCAUGGAACAAUCUAACACGGUCCAUGCAGCUGACUCGCCUUACGAGUUUAAUUCAGUGCAAGAUGGAAGUGAACAUGAUAUCAGUGAAAGAGAAUCACCCUGUGAAUUUACUUUAGUUGAAGAUGGAAUGGAACAUGUUAACAGUGCCUCGGAAUCAUCCAAUGAAUAUACUUUAAUUCAGGCCGAAUUGGAACAUGUUAACAGGGACACUGAAUCACCCUGUGAAUUCACUUUAAUACAAGAUGGAAUGGAAGAUGAUAACGGUGCUAUUGAAUCACCCUAUAAAUUUGCUUUAAUACAAGAUGGAAUGGAACAUGUUAAAAAUGGCACCGAAUCGUACGUUAAUAAGUUUACUUUAAUAAGAAAUGACAUGAAACGUGUUAAUGCUUCAAACCAACGUAAAGAAAUAACCAAGCAAAAGAGAAAGAAGAAAAAUGAUUUAAGCUUCGCAGUGGGUGAUUUAAUAGAUGAUUUAGUAAUAAAAUCCUAAAAUAAAAAUAAAUGCUGAUUAAAUGAAAAUUA